AUGGAAUUCAAUUUUAUCUACGUCUCACAAAAAUCAUUAAAAGGAAGGGUUCUGGCUGAUUUUUUGGCCGAUCAUCCUUCAACUGAUAUUGAUCCAUGGGUUUAUGAUGAAUUGGAGUCAUCAGCUAUAUUCUUGACUCCUUGGAUCUUGAUGUUUGAUGGAUCAAGCACGGCUGAUGGAGCAGGAGCAGAGGUUGGGGCCUUGACCUUAUUGGUAAAAUUUAAUCCACCAUCAAGCGAAGGCCAUCACUGGGUGAUUGUUGCCACAGAUUAUUUUACUAAAUGGGUUGAGGCCAAGGCUUGCAAAGCGGUUGAUCAGCAAACAGUGAUUAAUUUCAUGGAGCAAAACAUCAUCCACAGAUUUGGGAUUCCAGAAACACUUGUUUCAGACAAUGCAACAGUAUUUAGAGCAACUGAUGUACUACAAUUCGGCCACAACAUGAAUAUUCAUAUGUCAGCCUCUACGCCAUACUAUGCUCAAGCAAAUGGCCAGGCCGAAUCUUCAAAUAAGAUUCUAAUUGAGAUCAUUGAAAAAAUGAUCAAAGAUAAGCCAAGAAGGUGGCAUGAGACUUUGUCUGAAGCUUUAUGGGCCUAUAGGAACUCAAAAAGAACAGGCACAGGAGUUACACCAUACAUGUUAACUUAUGGUCAUGAUGCUGUUCUGCCUAUGGAGAUGAAGGUUAAAUCAGCCAGAGUUGCUUUUCAAAAUAAUCUAACUCCAGGUGAUUAUACUCAAGCAAUGUUGGUAGAAUUAGAAGAUUUGGAUGAAUUUAGAAGGGAUGCUUUGGAUCAUAUCAUAGCUCACAAGAAGAAAGUGAUGAGGAUCUACAACAAGAGGGUAAAACCUAAGUCUUUUGCUGAAGAAGAUUUGGUUUGGAAAGUUGUUUUGCCAGUGGGUAAAGUCGAUAGGAAAUAUGGGAAGUGGUCCCAAAAAUGGGAAGGGCCAUACUUAGUCCAUCAAGUCUUAAGUGGAGGAGCAUAUAGGCUGAAAUAUUUCAGUGGCCGAUUACAUGACUAUCCCAUUAAUGGCAAGUACCUCAAGAGGUAUGUACCGGCAAUCUUUGAAAGGGAAAAUUAG